UAGUCCGUUUAAUAUAGUCAAUUUAACAACGAAAAACUCUUCAAACACAAAUUCUUGACGUAACUAAGUAGUCACCUAAAAAGGCUUCAUUAAAUACGUCGUGUGUCGAAGGAGAAGGCUCCCAAAAGUUCAGUCAUGGCCAAGGUGCACAUCACGAAUGUUGUGGUGCUGGACAACACCAGCAGCUUCUUCAAUCCCUUCCGGUUCGAGCUGACAUUCGAGUGCAUCGAGGAACUGCCGGAGGACCUUGAAUGGAAAGUGAUAUACGUGGGCUCGGCCGAGUCCGAGGAGCACGACCAGGUACUGGACACCAUCUACGUGGGCCCCGUGCUCGAGGGUCGUCACAUGUUCGUCUUCCAGGCCGAUCCGCCAGAUGUUAGCAAAAUUCCAGAACAGGAUGCCGUAGGCGUCACUAUUGUGCUGUUGACGUGCUCGUAUCGCGGGCAGGAGUUUGUGCGCGUCGGCUUCUACGUGAACAACGACUAUGAGGAACAGGAGAUGCGAGAGAAUCCGCCACCCAAGCCCCUGUUCGACAAGCUAGUGCGCAACAUACUCGCCAGCAAUCCGCGCGUCACCCGCUUCCAGAUCAACUGGGACGACAGCCACACCAAUGGCAAUGGAGUAGUGCCAGAAAACAACGGGCACAGCGAUGAAAUUAUGAUCGAUGGUCCAUCCACAUUGCAGCAGCAGGAUAGCAUGCAGGACACCCUGCCCAUCGAUUACGGCAUUAUCGCCCUCAACGAGAAGUCAAAUAAACUGGCAAUGAAAUGAACUCUUUCUGGCACUCGAACUGCAACGCAUACAAACACCCCACCCGACCUCGCCCCCUUAAUUAUAAUUUAAAAACAAACGCUUAAAUAUAUGUAUACAUUAAAUUUA